AUGGCCGCCAAGCGAGACCUCCUGGACCUCGACCAAGGCGAGCUUUCAGAACCCGAGCCCAAGCGAGCAAAGAAAGGGCCCAAGCCGCGGCACCAGCAUCAAAACUCAUACAUCGAUCCGACCUGGGGCCAGAAAUACGUCUUUUCGAGCUCCGAGGAUGCCACCACCAUCCCCUGCGGCGAGGAGGCAGAGUUCGAGGAUGACGCUGAUGCCAUGGCCUAUCUGCUGUCUGUCAGGAAAGAAGCAUACGACAUCCCCCAUCUGCUCGUGGCCCCCAGAGUCCAGAUCGGUCCGCAGCUCCCGGAAAGCCUGCAAAAUGGCAAGCGUGGCGGCAGUGACGGCGGAUCCGAAAGCGAGUCUUGCGAUUCUGGAGGAUACUACGACGACGGGGCCUACAUCGCUCUCCCUGACGAGCACUGGAGCGCACGCGGCGAACCCGGCCCCGGCCAAGACGACGCCGGCCAUGUCGGCGAUGCGGCGGGCGCCAAGGCGUUGGAGGAAGCGUACUUUGCCUCCGUGAUGCGACGAUACCGGCGUCUGCGGCAGAUGCUGCAUUCCAGACCGCCUGCGGAGGGAACGGGGAGACGUUCGGCGGCGCCGUGCGGUCGUCGCAUUCCCCACACCCCUAAGCUAUGGGCAAAGACGUUGCGCGGCACCGACCCGCAGCCGCUCCAGCUGGCCCUCAUGUCCAAGGAAACAGUGAUUGGGGUCCUGCGCGUCAUCGUCGGCGGCACGUUUCUGCAGCGCGGGCACACGCUUUCCGAGAGGACCAGCCGAUGGGUCUGGGGUCUGCUGGCGAGGCUUCCGGAGCGGGGGGAGCUCAACCACGCCGAGAUUGGGUGGGUGCGAGAUCUGGGCCGUCGGGCAGUCUUGCUGGGCAGAAGCCUGGCGGAGAUGGCGGCUCUGCGGCAAGAGCUGGCGGAUGGCGGGCAAGUCACGGCGACGGAUGUCCAAGACUCGGAGGAUCUGGGCAGUCUUGACGAAGACGACGAUGCCGCUGGGGAGGACGGGGAAGCAGCAGAUGAGGACGAGCAAGACCAUCAGAGCGGGCUGGGCCGGCAGGAGGAUGCUGUUGACGCGGACGAAGCAGGAGGAGGAGGAGGAGAAGGAGAAGGAGAAGGAGAAGGAGGAGGAGAAGGAGGAGGAGAAGGAGGAGGAGGAGGAGGAGAAGAAGAAGAAGAAGAAGAAGAAGGAGAAAUUGCAGACGACUCGGCAGAUGAAGGCGACGCGGCCAUGGACCUCGACUCGGGCUCCGAACAGGACCAAGCAGCCGACGACGCUCUCCAAGCCGCCAAAAAAAGCCUCCUGGCCAUGCUGGAAAACGCGCCAGGCGGGGAGCAGCAGCAGCAGCCGCCUCGAGGGGCUGGUUGCCAGGAAGAAGCCCAGCUGCGGCUGCGCGUCAACAUGCGCGCCACGCUCAACAUGAUUCUGACGGUCGCGGGCGAGUUUUACGGACAGCGGGACCUGCUGGAGUUUCGGGAACCAUUCGUGGGCAUGUAA